CGGCCGUUGGCGAGCUGCCGUCGGCCAGGCGAAGUCUGGAGUCCAGCCGGGCCGCGGCCGCAAUGGCCAAGGACUCGCCCAGCCCCUUGGGCGCGUCGCCCAAGAAGCUGGGCUGCUCCAGCCCGGCAGCGGCAGUGUUGGAGAACCAGAGGCGGGAGCUGGAAAAGCUACGGGCCGAGCUGGAGGCGGAGCGGGCGGGCUGGCGGGCGGAACGGCGGCGCUUCGCUGCUCAGGCGCGCCAGCUGCGGGAGGAGGCCGAGAGGGAGCGGCGGCAGCUGGCUGACCAUCUGCGCUCCAAGUGGGAGGCACAGCGCGGCCGGGAGCUGCGGCAGCUGCAAGAGGAGAUGCAGCGGGAACGCGAGGCCGAGAUCCGGCAGCUGCUGCGCUGGAAAGACGCCGAGCAGCGGCAGCUGCAGCAGCUGUUGCACCGUGAGCGCGAUGGCGUGGUGCGCCAAGCCCGGGAACUGCAGCGCCAGCUGGCCGAGGAGCUGGUGAACCGCGGCCACUGUAGCCGCCCGGGGGCGUCCGAGGUCUCCGCGGGGCAGUGCCGCUGUCGCCUGCAGGAAGUGUUGGGGCAACUUCGCUGGCAGACUGACGGCGAGCAGGCGGCGCGCAUCCGCUAUCUGCAGGCGGCGCUGGAGGUGGAGCGCCAGCUCUUCCUCAGGUACAUCCUGGAGCACUUCCGCAGGAACCCCGCUUUGUCGGAACCCGCGGACCCCCAAGCUAUGCAUUCCUUGGAAGAGCCGCUGCCCCAGACCUCGAGCGGCUCUUGCCACGCCCCUAAACCCGCCUGUCAACUCGGAUCUCUAGACAGCCUGAGUGCCGACGUCGGUGUCCACUCCCGCCCGCUUGACCUGGUGUCCUCUGCGUGCUCCAGCUCCCUAGACGGACUGCUCUCCACGCGCGCCAGCUCCCUUGAUUGCUUCGCACCAGCACGUUCCCGCUCGCUUGACAGCACCCGGAGUCUCCCCAAGGCCUCCAAAUCCGAGGAGCGGUCCUCCUCACCAGACACCUCCAUCCCUGGCUCCCAGAGUCUCCCGCCGCCACCAUCGCCACUCCGGCCGCCACCAUCGCCACGCCUGCCACCACUACCACCAUCAGUCCACAGGAAACUCAGCAACCCGCAGGGAGGAGAAGGCUCUGAGAGCCAGCCCUGCAAAGUCCUGACUCCCUCACCCCCGGGCCUGGGCCACCAAGAGCUGAUAAAGCUGAACUGGCUGCUGGCCAAGGCGUUGCGGGUGCUGGCGCGCCGCUGUUCUACCCUGCAAGAGGAGAACAAGCAGCUGCGGCGUGCAGGCUGCCCCUACCAGGCAGACGAGAAGGUGAAGCGGCUUAAGGUAAAGCGCGCGGAGCUGACCGGGCUCGCGCGUCGCCUAGCUGACCGCGCCCGCAAGCUGCAGGAGACCAACCUUCGGGCGGUGAGCGCGCCUGUGCCCGGCGAGAGUUGCGCCGGCCUGGAGCUAUGCCAAGCCUUUGCCUGCCAGCGCGCCCGGGACCUGUCGGAGCAGGCGAGCGCGCUGCUGGCCAAGGACAAGCAGAUUGAAGAGCUGCGGCAGGAGUGCCACCUCCUGCAGGCGCGUGUCGCCUCGGGCCCCUGCAGCGACCCGCAUACUGGAAGGGGAGGCCCCUGCACCCAGUGGCUCAACGUCAGAGACUUAGACCGCUUGCAGCGCGAGUCCCAGCGGGAAGUGCUGCGCCUGCAGAGGCAGUUGACGCUUCAGCAGGGCAACGGUGGCGCCAGGCCCGAGGCGGGUGGCCAGAGCACAACCUGCGAGGAGGUGCGACGGCAGAUGCUGGCGCUGGAGAGCGAGCUGGACCAGCGGCGGCGCGAGUGCGAGGAGCUGGGCGCGCAGGCGGCGGCGGCGCGGCGACGCGGCGAGGAGGCCGAAACACAGCUGCAGGCGGCGCUGCUCAAAAACGCCUGGCUGGCGGAGGAGAAUGGGCGGCUGCAGGCCAAGACAGACUGGGUGCGGAAGGUGGAGGCGGAGAAUAGCGAAGUGCGCGGCCACGUGGGCCGCGCGUGUCAAGAGCGCGAUGCCGCCGGCUUGAUGGUCGAACAGCUGCUGCAGCAGGCGGCGCGCGGGCAGGACAGGCAGCAGCAGCUGCAAUGCGACCCGCAGAAGGCCCUGUGUGACCUUCAUGCUUCCCAGAAGGAGAUACAGGCGCUCCAGUGUCAGCCUGUUCACCCUCCCGAACAGCCCUGGGAGACCAGUCAAAUGCCGGAGUCCCAAGUUAAGGGUAGCAUAAGGCCCAAGUUCCAGGCACGGCCUGAAGACUACACAGUGUCACAGCCCAACAGAGACAUACAUGAGAAAAGGGAAGUCUCCCUCGAGGAGAGCCCAGUUGCUCUUGGGGAGCCAGCCAGUGUCCCCCAAGUUUCAGAGACAGUCCCUGCCAGCCAACCUCUGUCCAAGAAAACCAGCUCCCAGUCAAACUCCUCCUCUGAGGGGUCGAUGUGGGCCACCGUGCCAUCCUGCCCUACUCUGGAUAGGGACACAGCCAGUGAAGUGGAUGACCUGGAGCCUGACAGCGUGUCCCUGGCCCUGGAAGUGGGGGGCUCAGCGGCUCCUGCUGCCCCCAAGCUCAAGAUCUUCAUGGCUCAGUAUAACUAUGACCCAUUCGAGGGGCCCAAUGAUCACCCGGAGGGUGAGCUGCCCCUCACGGCUGGGGACUACAUAUAUAUCUUUGGGGACACGGAUGAAGAUGGAUUCUAUGAGGGGGAGCUUGAGGAUGGCCGGCGGGGGCUGGUGCCCUCCAACUUGGUGGAGCAGAUUCCAGACAGCUACAUCUCAGGCUGCCUACCUGCAAAAUCCCCUGACCCACGCCCCCAUCAACUCCCAGCUGGGCAGGAUGAAGCUCUGGAGGAAGACAGCUUAUUACCUGGGGAAGCCCAGGGAGUGGUGGACAGAGGGCUAUACCAGAUGGUAAGGGUGGGCUCCAAGACAGAAGUAGCAACAGAGAUCCUGGAUACCAAGAUGGAAGCCUGCCAGCUGGGCUUGCUGCAGAGCAUGGGGAAGCAGGGCCUUUCCAGAUCCCUUCUGGGGACCAAAGGGGUGCUCCGUAUGGCUCCCAUGCAGCUACACCUGCAGAAUGUCACAGCCACAUCGGCCAAGAUCACCUGGGUCUACAGCAGCCACCGCCACCCCCACGUGGUGUAUCUUGAUGACCGAGAGCAUGCCCUGACCCCAGCGGGUGUGAGCUGCUACACCUUCCAGGGCCUGUGCCCUGGCAUGCACUACCGGGCGCGGGUGGAGGUGCGGCUGCCAUGGGACUUGCUGCAGGUGUAUUGGGGAACUAUGUCCUCCACCAUCACCUUUGACACACUCUUGGCAGGACCUCCCCACCCACCACUGGAUGUGCUGGUGGAGCGCCAUGCCUCGCCAGGCGUCCUAGUGGUCAGCUGGCUCCCUGUGACCAUUGACUCAGCUGGGUCUUCCAAUGGAGUCCAGGUCACGGGUUAUGCUGUGUAUGCAGAUGGGCUUAAGGUUUGUGAGGUCACCGAUGCCACUGCUGGGAGCACCCUGUUGGAAUUCUCCCAGCUACAGGUGCCCCUAACGUGGCAGAAGGUCUCAGUGAGAACCAUGUCACUCUGUGGUGAGUCCCUGGAUUCGGUGCCAGCUCAGAUCCCCGAGGACUGCUUCAUGUGUCACCAAUGGCCAGAGACUCCACCCUUCAGCUACACUUGUGGCGACCCAUCCACCUACAGAGUCACCUUCCCCGUCUGCCCCCAGAAGCUGGCACUGGCUCCUCUGAAUGCCCAGGCCAGCCCCCACAACCCUGGAAGCUGUGGGGAGCCCCAGGACAAGUUCCUAGAAGCAUUCUUUGAAGAACCACCAAGGAGGCAAUCCCCAGUGUCCAACCUGGGCUCAGAAGGAGAAUGUCUGAGUUCAGGGACUGGCAGCCAAGCCCAGGAGCUUGCAGAGGCCUGGGAGGGCUGUAGAAAGGACCUGCUCUUUCAGAAGAGUCCCCAGCAUCACAGACCACCUUUGCUCAGUGACCAGCCUGGGGAGAAGGAAAAUUGCUACCAGCACAUGGGCGCCAGCAAAAGCCCUGCUCCAGGAUUCAUCCAACUACACACCAAGUGUGGGUCCAGGAAAGAACCGUGUCAGGAAAAGGUUGCCCUUGAGAGGAUACUUCGGCAAAAGCAAGAUGCCCAAGGGUUCACACCUCCCGAGCUGGGCGCCAGCCAACAGUAUGCAUCUGACUUCCAUAACAUUUUGGAGGAGGAGCAGGAGGCACUGUGCUUGGAUCCGUGGGGCACAGAGAGGCAAGAGGAGAGGUGGGAGCCCAAGCCCCAGAGCAGGCAAGGACAGGCUCUGGGGGCCAAGAGAGAGUGCCAGCUCCAUGAGCCCAGCUCAGCACCGUGUCCAGCUCCAUCUGCCAAAGUCAUCAAGAUGCCAAGGGGUGGCCCCCAACAGCUGGGGACAGGGGCCAACACUCCAGCCAGGGUCUUUGUGGCCCUCUCUGAUUACAGCCCCCUGGUGAUGUCUGCCAACCCCAAGGCUGCAAAGGAGGAGCUGGUCUUCCAGAAAAGGCAGUUGCUAAGAGUGUGGGGCUCCCAGAACACCCACAGCUUCUAUCUCAGCGAGCACAACAGGCAAGUGGGCAAUAUCCCUGGGCACCUAGUGGCUGAGAUGGAGGUGGGCACAGAGCAGACUGACAGGACGCAGCGUUUGCCGGCCCAAGGGCACCUGCCUUCUGUGGCCCACCUUGAGGACUUUCAGGGGCUCACCAUCCCCCGGGGUUCCUCCCUGGUGCUCCAAGGGAACUCCAAGAGGCCCCCACUGUGGACUCCAAAGACCAUGAUAGCAGCUCUGGACUAUGAUCCCAUGGAUGGGCAAACAGGGGGCCAAGCGAAGGGCAGGCUGGCGCUGAGGGCAGGAGACGUGGUCAUGGUUUAUGGGCCUAUGGAUGAUCAAGGAUUCUAUUAUGGAGAGUUGGGCGGCCACAGAGGCCUGGUUCCUGCCCACCUGCUGGAUCACAUGUCCCUCCAUGGACACUGAGCAAGCAUCCUUGCCCAGGUAGCGGCCUCUGGCUGCUCACACCCUGCCAGAGAAGAGGCAAUCUUGCAGACCCUCACACCAGCACCCCUCCUCACCACCAUAAGUAGCAUGUGCUCCAAGUGCCACCAUGUUAAACUGAUGGUAGUCCUUAAACUGAUGGUAGUCCUUAAGUGUUCCCUAGACUCUGAAAGUAGCAGGACUUAAGCCUGAGUUAUUUGCAAAAGCAAGCAAAACAAGCCAGCCCCUGAGAGUUUGACAGACCAUUUCAAAAGUUGCUGAUAACUAUGGUAGGUAUAUGGAGAAGUGCCUUUUUUCUGUGGCCAAUGUGUGUUUUCUCUAGGAGGUUAAUGUUGUCUAUCCAUUGCCUUGUAUGAAAGUCUCAAGAAAAGUCUAUAUCUUAAAAAAAAAAAA